AUGGCAGCCGAAAAACGUCAGAAGACUGGUGUAGAGCCCCCCAACCUUAUCCAAAGGGCUCAGCAAGUGGUAAACAUAAUCUCUCAUGGCUGUGAAUUGGCGAGUGGUUUCGGUGGAUUUAGUUUGUCGUUGUAUGAUACAGCUUGGGUGUCAAUGGUCACCAAGCCCGACGCUGUGGGGGUCCGUCAGUGGGCUUUUCCAGAGGCGUUUGCGUAUGUUCUGCGCCAGCAAAAUGACAACGGUUCCUGGGGGAUCAAUGCAUCGCCUGUUGAUGUGAUUCUCAAUACUAUGGCGGGCCUGCUGUCAUUACUAGAGCACCAUACGGUGGAGACUACCCAAUGCAGCGUUGAUAGUGAUAUAGGGCCCGACAAUUAUGAAGAGAGAAUCUCGCGUGCAAUCACAUCCUUAUCCGAUGCACUGAACAGUUGGAAUGUGGAAGCUACCCUUCAUGUGGGAUUCGAGAUCCUGGUCCCAUGUCUUCUCCAGCAAUUGGCACAGCGAGGGGUCAGCCUGGAUUUCCCCAGCAGACAGGAUCUCAUCAAGCUUCAUCAGCAGAAGCUGUCAAAGUUCAGACCGGAAAUGGUCAUCUCGAAACAGCAAACCACCCUGCUCCAUUCACUUGAAGGGCUGAUUGGCAAGGUGGACUUUGAAAAGCUGAAACAUCAUUGCACGGAAUAUGGAGGCAUGAUGGGGUCUCCGGCUUCGACAGCAGCAUACCUUAUCUACUCUCCAGUGUGGGACGAAGCCGCCGAAAAGUACCUUCGCAAUGUUGUGGAGAGAUGCGGAUCCUGCGGAGGCGUCCCCAGCGGAUUUCCAACACCAGUUUUCGAAACUUCCUGGACAAUAUCAACGCUGCUGGCAAGUGGUUAUGCAAUUGAGGACUUUGCAAGGGAGGGCAUCGAAGCUAUCACCACUUAUCUUCAACGUCUCUUUGAAAAGCAACACGGAUUACUUGGAUUCGCCCCAGGCUUUGUACCAGAUGCGGAUGACACAGCUCGGUCUCUCCUCGCUCUAUCAUAUCUGAAGGUCCCAAUGGAUCCCUCUUCCUUGGUGGCGUAUUUUGAAGCCCCGCGUCAUUUUCAAACCUAUAAACUAGAGCGUAACCCCAGCUUUAGCGCAAAUGCCAACACUCUGUUGGCUCUGUUGCGGUCAUCGAGCCCUGCAACCUAUAUCCCACAAAUUGAGAAAACCGCCAAUUACCUGGUCUCCUGCUGGGAGGGUGGAGAGUUAUGUGAUAAGUGGAAUCUGGCCUCUGAGUAUAGCGAAAUGCUUCUCGUGAAUGCAUUAGUUGAACUCAUUGCCGCGUGGAGUAAAGGUGAUUUGACCAAGUUGUCAACAGAACUUGUUACGUCGAAGAUCCCGAUUGUGCUCUGCCAGCUAUUGUCAAAGGCACUGGUUCACCAACACGAGAAUGGUUCAUGGGACAAUUCCGUGGAGAGGACUGCCUACAGCAUACUUCUUCUUGCCUACAUACUGAGACUACCAUGGCCAAUAUCGCUCCGUGAGCUUGUUGACACCUCGUUGCUCAGAGGAAGAGACUAUCUGCAACAGCACGCAAGUGAGUGGUCCGAGGGCGAUUAUAUCUGGAUCGAGAAGGUAACUUACCGACUGCCUACGCUCGCUGAAACAUAUACCCUUGCUGCAAUGAAGGUUCCAAGGGAGGAGGCCGCCUGGACUACCGAAGUCAAACAAAUAUUCACUCUCCCGGAGAAGAAAGGUAGAACUAUGGCAGCCGUCUUUGGACAGCUACCUAUCUUUCAAGACACUCCUCGGCGCACAAUGCUCUUGGCGAUUACAGAAGCCCAUUUUUAUUCACGAGCCUUGCGGAAAAUCCGACUUGAUAUCUUCCCGCGAGACAGGAUGAGGAUGACAAAGGACAAAUACUUGGAUUUUAUUCCAGUAGCCUGGACCAGUGUUAAUACUAUAUCUGGUUUUCCUCUCUCGAGUGAGACCAUGUGGGACAUGAUGGUCAUCUCCAUGCUCAACUAUCAAGCGGAUGAGUACAUGGAAUCCGUCGUGGGAAGCCUCCCAAAGCCAUGCUUGCGUGAACUCAAAUUUGAGAUCCGCAAUGCGUGUCUCGAUGAGGACCUGUCUACGGAAAACAUAUCCGAUGUGUUUAUGAGAGAAGGCCAACUGCAGGCGUUGACACCAUCCCCGCAGACGGAAGAUAGUCAGAGCCAAUCCCCCUCUCCGCAUCUUUCCGAGGUGACUGAAGUGAUUCUAAAAUAUAUCAGACAUGUACGGUAUCAUCCAUGUGUGAUAGCAUGCCCCGCGGCCGCGCAGCGCGAAGUCGGCAAGGAACUAGAUAAAUUUCUUCAUGCACAUAUGGCGCACAAUGCGGAUAACUCCCGUCUCCGCAAUAGUGAUACCAUUAGUGACAAUCUUUGGAGUCAAUCCUAUUUUGAUUGGGUUCGGACCACUGGAGCCAUGGACACGAGUUGCCCUUACUCAUUUUCAUUCUUCACCUGUCUCAUCAGUCGCCAAGGACGCUCCUGCAUAUCUUCCGCUAAACAGAGAUAUUUUGCCCGCGCGUUAGCUUUGCAUCUGGCCACGAUGUGCAGACAGUUCAACGACUAUGGGUCUCAGCUUCGAGACCUCCAGGAGAAAAAUCUCAACAGCCUUGAUUUUGCCGAUUUCAAUGGGGAUGGCCUCUCUAGAGGGCAAGAUCAGCACAAACAGGAUCUGAUGGAACUUGCUGAGUUUGAGAGGUCAUGUAUGCAGGUUUGUUUUGCACACCUAUCAGCUGAGACCAGUGCCACCACAACGGCACAAAUCCAAGCGUUCAUCAAAGUAACCGACCUGUUUGGCCAAAUAUACGUUGCGCAGGACAUUGCUAGUCGCUUGAAACCCUAGACCGAGG